UAUUAUCAGAGAAAAGUGAGACCGUGAGGAAUUAGCUAUAUUUACUUCACUUGUCCCCGCUUUAUUGUACUUCUCUCUCCCUCCAAAAUUUCGAAAAUUCCCUGGCUCUCUCUCAGUUAGGGUUAGGGUUUUUAAAUUGUGUUGUUUCUUCCCAAAUUGAAGGGGUUAUGGCUAGGUAUAGGAGUCGUAGCCGUAGCUACAGCCCUCGCCACCGUAGCAGGAGCCCCCGUGUACGUGGCAGGAAGCGUUACGACGAUGAGCCCCGCAGGUCUUACGGCGACCGCCGCUCUCCCGGUCCUUCUGGUUUGCUUGUUCGAAACCUCCCUCUCGACGCCAGGCCGGAGGAUCUUAGGAUUCCGUUUGAGAGAUAUGGUCCGGUGAAGGAUGUGUAUCUUCCAAAAAAUUACUACACUGGGGAGCCACGAGGCUUUGGAUUUGUGAAGUUCCGCUAUGGUGAAGAUGCAACUGAAGCAAAGCAACGGUUGAAUCACACACUCAUUGGUGGACGUGAGAUAAAAAUUGUCUUUGCUGAGGAGAAUAGGAAAACUCCUCAAGAGAUGCGUUUGAGUACCCGUGUGAGUGGUCGACAUGGAGGAAGCCAUAGGAGGACACCACCAAGGUCCCCCAGACGCCGAUAUCGUUCUUACUCCGGCUCACCUUCAGCGAGGCAUGGCUCAAGGGAUCAUCGGGAUAGGGAUGAUUAUCGCUCCCCAAGGCGAUCUAGAUCUGUCUCACGGUCCCCUUCUCCACGUGAUGAGAGGGACUACAGGUCAAACCAGAGGUCCCCAAGUCCAAGGGAAAAUGGUCGGAGUUUUCAUGAUGAGAGGAAUUAUGCAUCUAGCCCGUCAAUGAGUCCGAGGGGUAAUGGUCGCAGUCCUUCAAGGUCUCGUUCAUGAUUCUACAGUCCUUGCUGAUAGCUGGUCAAGUUUUGUUUCCUCAAGGUGCUGUUCGUGUAGUUGCUGGUUGAAAGAGUACUCCCAAGUAUUAGUUUAGCUAGAUGAAUGUGUUUAAAACUCUAGGAUUAUUGGUAUAUGACUUAUGACUGAUGUUGCUACUUGUUGCUCAUCUUUGAUGCUUUAAUCCAUCUUAUAUUGCUAGACUAGUCAAUUGGUGUUUAUAAUUUGUGGAAUAGCUAAAUCCGUGUGAUUUCCUCCACCAAUUCGCCUGUUUUGUCAAUUCUGAAUGCAGGAACGGGUGCCAUUUGCCAAUACCGGCUGCCUUCGACCUCGAGGGUACAUUAAAUUUCAAGGGACGGGUUUUUAAAUUUACUAAUUUAGUAGAAAAAUAUAAAAUGUCUCAUUCAGCUCG